AUGGGUUUAUGGAACCAUCAUGUGGAAGGCCAAAAUUUGUGCUUUCAAGCACCUCCUUUCAUUGAAUGGCUGAAGCCACCUUCCUCUUUUUCUUCAUCAUCAUCCCCUUCUUUUUGCUUAUCUGAGAAUAGCACUACUAUGCAAUGCUUGCCUCUUUUAAGCCAGUUUACGGACACCAAGCCGGUGAAAAUAGAAGAUGUUGGGGUGCAGAAAGAGGGUUCUGGAGUCAAAGAAGAGAAAAUGGGGCAAGUUACAGUGGCCUUGCGCAUUGGACUGCCUAAUAGUACUAGUGAAGCUGAUCAAUCAGACACUCAUCAUGAGAAUAAGAAGGUUUUGGAUCUCAAGGAAGAAGAAGGAGUAGCCAUGAGGAAGAGCUUUCAUGGGUGCUCUUUUAAUGCAGAGAGUAGGUUUUGGAUACCAACACCUGCUCAGAUUCUUGUUGGGCCGAUGCAGUUUGCUUGCUCCAUUUGCAGCAAGACCUUCAAUAGGUACAAUAACAUGCAGAUGCAUAUGUGGGGCCACGGAUCUGAAUUUAGAAAAGGGCCAGAUUCUCUCAAAGGAACACAACCAGCCGCAAUGCUGAGGCUACCAUGCUAUUGCUGUGCUCAAGGCUGCAAGAACAACAUCAAUCACCCAAGAGCCAAGCCACUGAAAGACUUCAGAACUCUCCAAACUCACUACAAGAGAAAGCAUGGAGCAAAGCCAUUCAUGUGUAGAAAAUGUGCCAAAACAUUUGCAGUUAAGGGAGAUUGGAGAACCCAUGAGAAGAACUGUGGGAAGCUCUGGUAUUGCACCUGUGGAUCUGAUUUCAAGCACAAAAGGUCACUCAAGGACCACAUUAGAUCCUUCGGAAAAGGACACUCUCCACACCCUUCUCUUGAUGGUUUUCAUGAGGAUGAGAAGGAAUGCAUAACUGGUUCUGAAGACGACUGA